UCUCAAUCAACCUCCAUUAAUCAUCAUCAACAAUAACAACAAUGUCCGAGACCUUAAAAAAUGACUUCCAAAUGUACGAACAAAUUGGGCAUGGAAAAUUCGGUACAAUAUACCGUUGUUUCUCCAAACAAACUAACCAAUUUUUUGCAUGCAAAACAAUUCAAAAAAACCUUCUUAUUGAUUCCACUGACCGUGAAUGUCUCGAUAAAGAACCCAAAAUUCUACAACUUGUCAGUGGAAAUUCAAAUAUUCUUGAAAUAUAUAAGGUUUAUGAAGAUGAUAAUUAUGUUCAUAUAGUCACUGAGCUAUGUUCUAACGGUGAUCUCUAUGAGAGAGUUUCUAGUGGGCCGUUGGAUGAGAAAUGUGCUGCUUUGAUUUUGACACGAUUGGUUUUAGCUAUUGAACAUUGUCAUAAAUUGGGAGUGGCCCAUCGUGAUAUUAAGCCAGAUAACAUCUUGUUUGACUCCCAGGACAAUUUGAAGCUUGCUGAUUUUGGAUCUGCAGAUUGGUUUAUGGGGGCCGACGGAAAAAUGAUGAACGGGGUGGUGGGGACGCCGUACUAUGUUGCCCCAGAGGUGUUGUUAGGGAGAGAAUACAAUGAGAAAGUGGAUAUAUGGAGUGCUGGUGUUAUUUUGUACAUUAUGCUUUCUGGGGUUCCUCCUUUUUAUGGUGACACUCCAACUGAGACAUUUGAAGCUGUUCUUAGGGGAAAUUUGAGAUUUCCAGCAAGAAUUUUCAGAUCAGUUUCAAGUGAAGCAAAGGAUUUGCUGAGGAAGAUGAUAUGUAAAGAUGUUUCCAGGAGAUUUUCAGCAGAGCAAGUCCUGAGGCAUCCAUGGGUAAUUAAUGCAGGAGAGACCAACCAUAUCAAUGGCUGAUUAAUCCUGAAGUAAGAUAGUAUAUUUUUCUAAUUAUCUAAACUACCAAAACAACUAGUGGCUAGUUAUGCUCUUAAAACAAGACCAAGUACAAGAAUGGACCUUUGGGACUUCAACGAUAGCAAUUGAAGAUGUAAUAAAGUAAAUAAAAGUGAGCUCUCAGAUGAGAUGUGGUCGAGCCACACAUACUUCAACUUGGUAUUAGAGUAGACAGAGAUUAUGGGUUCGAGCUUUUCUGCUAUCCAUUAUCAAAAAGAAUUUUCACGUGCUUGGUCCAUUAAAAAAAACAAAUCAGCCCUGCAUGUGAAGAGACAUGUUAAAUAUAUGAAGUAAAUAAAAGUCCUUGAUUCUGCCUUGUGGAGGAGAAUCAAGAAUCUGUGACCAAGCAAAAGAAAUUAGAAGUUCAGGAUAUGAAGAGGGAACCACUAGUGCUUAUUAAUUUGAGUUUGUUUAAAAGAGCACGUGUAUGUAUAAAAUGUGCUGCUUAUCUUAUAUGAAUCUUUAUGUUACACACUACAUUUUUGUGUUCGGAAUCAGUACUGGAGAAGUGUGUUUUGAGCAUCUUUUUACAGAUAUGAAUCUUGAAACAAUGAGAUUUUGACCUUUUAAAAUAAUAAGCAAUUUGAUGGAAGCAUAUCUGGUUUAAUAUCCUU